AUGCAUCCUCUGGUGGAAGCCGAGCUGCAGGGCCAGGGCCAGGGCCAAACCGCCCACGACGGGAUUCCGUUUCGCGCCAAAGCCCACCAUGUGCACCGCACCUGGGCAAGGACCUUCUCGUCCAUGCCCGAGCUGUACAUUCAGCCAGAGUCGCUGGCCGAGGUGGAAAAAACCGUCUCGCUUGCUCGCAAAUGUCGCCGGCGCAUCGUCACCACCGGCUGCGGCCACUCGCCCUCAAGCAUCACAUGCACGUCCAGCUGGAUGGUGAACCUGGACCGGUUCAGCAAGAUCCUCUCCGUCAACCCCGAAACCGGCGUCGUGGUCAUGCAAAGCGGGAUCCGCCUGUACGCGCUGUGCGAGGAGCUCGAGCGCCACGGUCUCGCCAUGCCCAACCUCGGCAGCAUCAACGAGCAGUCCAUUGCCGGCGCAAUCUCGACAGGCACCCACGGAAGCAGCCUGCGCCACGGCCUCAUGUCCGAGGACAUCUUGUCGCUCAAAAUCACCCUGUCCGACGGAAGCACCCGAGCCUGCUCGCCCGACUCGGAGCCGCGGCUGUUUCGCGCCGCCCUGCUCUCCCUCGGCGCGCUGGGAAUCAUCACCGAGCUGACGUUUCGCGCCGUGCCCGCCUUCUCCCUCAAAUGGAGCCAGACCAUCGACACGGACCUCGCGCUGUUCAGGUCCUGGUCGCUUGACCUGUGGGGCCAGAGCGACUUUGUCAGGGUCUGGUGGCUCCCUCACACCAGGAGGGCCGUGGUGUGGCGAGGAGACAAGACCGACGAGCCUGAGCGGGACCCCCCCGUGAGCUACUAUGAUGGGUCGCUGGGGUACUACGUCUACCACAACCUGCUCUUUGCCGCCCAGCUGGUCCCUCGGAUAUUGCCGUGGGUCGAAUGGUUCGUCUUCGGCAUGCAGUACGGCUUCGCCAAUGGCUCCAGCAGCUCCGGCGUCCAGCCUAGCCGAAAGGCGCUGCUGCUCAACUGCCUCUACUCGCAAUUCGUCAACGAAUGGGCCAUUCCGUUGCACAAGGGGCCCGAGGCUCUCCGGCGGCUCAGCUCCUGGCUCAACCGCCUCACCCCCGACGACCCCGACUACGUCCCCCACGGCAUCCCCUUCUCCGCCCAAGGGCUGUACGUCCACGCCCCGCUCGAAGUCCGCGUCAGCGACUCGACCCUGACGUCCCACCCUCGGCCGUAUCUGGAUCCGACCGUGCAAGACGGCCCGACGCUGUACCUCAACGCGACGCUGUACCGCCCGUACUGGCGCGACCCGCCCUGCCGCGACCGGUACUACCGAGCCUUUGAGUGGCUGAUGAAGGACCUGGGUGGCCGGCCCCACUGGGCCAAGAACUUUGACUCCUGCCGCCCGGACAUCGAGGCCAUGUACGGAAGCGACCUGGAGCGCUUCCGAGAGAUCCGCGACCAGGCCGACCCCGCGGGCAUGUUUGUCGGCCCCUGGCACAGAGAUCGCAUCAUGGCGGAUGCGGCGGGGUCCAAGCUCGAGCUGGAAGAGGUCGAAGUCUCACGCAAGAAGCUGAUGAGCGGCGGAAUCAUGUCCCACGGCUCCGUCUGCCAGGCUGGUUGA